AUGCCCAUCACCGAACUCGCCCUCCUCCACCUCACCCCCGGCACCACGCCCGAAUCACCCACCCUCCGCACCAACCUCUCCCACGCGAAAACCGUCCUACAGAACUACACAAACCGCGCUUUCUACUACAUGCAGCAAAUCUCCGAUCCGAGCUGCAUCUACGUAGUGGGAGAAUGGGACUCGCUAGACCAGCACUUGAACGACUUCAUCCCCAGCGCCGAAAACCAAGCACUGCUCGAGAGCCUCAAAGACUACAUAACCGUGGAUUCCAACCUUGAACAUCUCGAUGUGCCGAAUGCGGAGCUGCCAUUGCCGAGAGGGGGGAGGGAGAUGGAGAGGGCGAGGAGGGGGGAAGUGGUGUGGAGUAUUACUCACUAUACUAUCAAAUCUGGAAACAGAGAGGCUUUCGAAGUUGAGUUCAGGGAGAUGAAGGAGAAGUUGGAUAGGUUUGCUGGAGAAGGCGGGGUUGGGGGUGGAUGGUGUGUUGGGAAGAAGGAGGGAGAAGAUGAUGUGUUUGUGACGAUGUUUUCGUGGAGGAGUGUGGCGGAAUAUGAACGAUUUGGGAAGGGGAAGGAGGGGAGGGUGUCUGCGGUUACGGGGGAGUGUGUUGAGAAGAUGGAUGUUAGGCAUGUCAGGCUGGUGGAUAUAUAA